UUUCGCAACCUGCUUCUUGGUGCGAGUGUGUGCGUGUUUGUUUAUGUUCCUCACUCCCAAAACAGACCAUUUCGUGCGGUCAGCGAUCGCACUUUAGCAGAAUCGUGAAGGUUGCGUAACGUGGCCGACCAAAAAUCGCACCAGACAAACAAUCGUUGGGCAGUGAGCCAAUAAAGCCCCUUUUUGGCCUACCUCAUCCAUCCGGCAAACACCCGUCGUGGCAACGCAAUGAACGACAUACGUCAGCUGAAGGACCAACAGCGCGACAAACAUCCAGGCUUCGAUUCGUACAUCGAGUGCAUGAGCCGGUCGUUGUUUACGGGGUUGGCGACGUUUUCGCUCGGGUUUGCGGGCAUUUACUUCCUGCAGCAAAUCGGCCAGCGCUAUCUGCCGUACACGAAGAAGGGCAACAUACUGGUGGCUACGCUGGUCGCAACCGGUGCCGCGUACAAGGUGACCUCCGACCGUACCCGUGCCUGCCAGGCCCGGUGGAUGGCCGUCGAGGAGAAGUACAGUGUGCUGCAGGACGCGAUCGAACCGGCUGUACCGUCGAAGGAGACGAUUGUUUAGAGUGCGAACGGGUCGUACACACAACAC